CGGGGAGCGGGUGAAAAGUUCGCAUUCUGGGAAUUAUGAUAUAUAUCCUCAGUUUCUUGGUGGGAAUUGGAUUCAGCUUUGCUUCAGUCGAGUUUCGAGUUUGUACACCGGAAACACCAGUGACUGCUGUCUACGGCCAGUACACAGUAUUGACGUGUAGCUUCCCUGUUAACGCUGAGAUAGGACUGGACGAGUUGGUCAUCAACUGGCAACGUGUCGGUACAGAGGAGGUUGUUUACAGUUAUUACUAUGGCAAAGAGCAACUGAAUCGCCAAAGCCCUCAGUAUUCAGGGAGGACAAGCUUAUUCCCUGAAGACAUUAAAAAUGGGAAUGCCUCACUGCAACUGGAUUUGGUGAGGCCUGAGGAUGCUGGACAGUACCUCUGCUAUGUCGGUAGUUUAAAAGCUAGUGGUCAAGGGAUUGUCUCACUCAUAUUUGCAGCUUACUAUGAGGAACCUAACCUGUUUAUCAGAUUAACUCCAUCAGCGAUGGUAUUUAUGUUCAAGUCCAGAGGUUAUCCCGCAGCCACUGUUUCUUGGUACGAUAACGAAAGGGAGAAUAUUUCCUCUCAGUCUGAGACCUUAUACCAACAAGAUGCCAAUGGCUUAUACUUACUGCAGAGCGUUCUGAGAGUCAGCGAUGUCAACAAGAGUUCUGGCUACAUGUUCAUUUUAAGAAAUGAAGUUUUACAUCAGUCAGUUUCAAGAACUUUUGAUCUUUCCAUAGAAAUGAAAACGGAAGAUGUUCCAACAAGAAAUAAGUGGAUGCUGACGCUUGCUUUCACCACCUUGGAAUUUGGUAUAAUUUUAAUUCUGGCCAAAGCUGUGUGGAGAAGGAGGGUUUCAGGGCAGGACACAGAGUUGUGACAAUGAGUUGCUCCCUGGACUAAUAGACACUAGAAUUCUUCAUAGUCAGUAUUGUACAAGGAGUUCUUCAGGAAGAUUACUAGACCUCCUCUGCUGCAUUUCAAACACCGCUCAUAUCCUGAAAAUCAUAACACUAUUUACUGGAAAUCUUCCUUUUGAACAGAUAACACUGGAAAUACGGCAGCGUCUGCAGAGAGGGAAACGAGCAACCUUCCAGUACAAUUCACCGGAGUUGUGUUUCACCUGUAGGGAAGAGCUGACCAGUGCAAAACAUAAACAUCUAUUAAUUCCGAACAUUUAAGUCAGAUUCUUGCAGAUUUUCCAGGGUCUAACAAUAAUAACGGACGGCUUCGUGUCCAGCACCUGAAGCGCAGCGUGUAACGAACGAGUCCUUCCGCCCCGCCGAGCCGGCCAGCAACCCCGGAUUUCACCCGAGCCUAAUCACGGGACAGUGACUAAUUAACCUGCAACCGAUCUGCGUUUAAAUUCGGAGCAAACCAGCUCACGGGGAUCCCCCAACUAAGUUAUAUCGAGCCUACUCAUGGGGCAAUUUACAGCACCAGGAAAUCCACGCGCUGUCACGAGGAAGCGAGCACGCGAGGCAGAAGAAACUGAUUUAAGGACAGACACAUUAAUCAUUUAUUUACAGACAUUCGACCAAACAUCGAAAUUACGCAAACCACAAGACGAGGCAUUCGACACGCAGACACUUAGUUAACAGUUAAUAGGGGUGCAUGGGCUCCCCUCUAUCUCCAGCGACCUCCGUGGGAAGGUGAGUGUCCGGCACGAAGGGAAGCCCCUGAGGUUCCUGGAACUGUGCCCUGGUGCCGUGGCACACAAGGCGAGCCUUGGGGAAGGGCUGCUGCAUCAUUCAAACGGGCCAGAAGCGACUUCUGACCGACAAGUAAACUAACUCUUCACAUUACACGCGCACACCCCAAUGUGCGGACUGAGAGGCUUCGGAGCUCUGACAGCGUCCCGUUACUUUAAUAAGCUAACAACUUCAUGUUCGUUCCAGAACACUGAAAGCACCUGUGGCCAGUAUCUCUAUCCGCUUCUACAUCACAAACACCUUUAGCGUGAAGCUUUGGAGAAGUUACGAUGAGCAUUUAACUAGUAUGAACUUUAUAUUUUGAACUUUAUUGUUUGGAACGUAGAAGACCGAGGGGAGAUUUGAUAAAGGUAUACAGAAUUAUGAGGGGUAUAGACAGGGUAAAUGCAAGCAGGCUUUUUCCACUGAGGUGGAGUGGGACAACUAGAGGUCAUGGGUCAAGGGUGAAAGGUGAAAAGUUUAAGGGGGAACAUGGGGAGAAACUUCGUCACUCAGAGGGUGGAACGAGCUGCUACUAUUUGGAGCUUUAAAAUAAAUUUUUAUUGAGGAAUAAGAUUAAAGAAAUUUCAGUCACAAUUAUACAUAGAUAUUAUCCAACCAAUGUUUAUUUGACAAGAUUUAAUUCUGAUAUUGAGACUAACUGUUCUUUUUGUGGUUUAUAUCCAGAGGAUUUAUUUCAUCUGUUUUGGAACUGUGAAUAUGUUAAAACAUUUUGGGUUGAUGUUUGUCAAUUUUUAGAUCAAUAUGUUAAAGUGGAUUUAACUUUUUGUUUUGAAAAUGUUUUAUUUGUGUUUACUAAUAAAACCAAAUCUCAUAGGGAUCUUUUUUUCAUCAUAUAUCUUUUUUUAAUUUACAGUAAAUUUUAUAUCCAUAAAUACAAAUACAGCAUUAAGAAACUUUAAUUUAUAUUUUUAUGUCAGACUUCAAACUGUACGUUAACACUCUGAAAACUUCCCAUAAGCAGACAGCUGUAAAGACUGAACAAAUUUGUCAACGUUUCGGGUUAUUUCUGGAAAUGUUUUUGUUUUGUGACUCCUUUUAGAUAUAGCUUCUUCUGUCCAACAGUAUUGGAGUGGAUUUUCUUGUUUAUUCGUAUAUUUAAAAUUAAUAGUUGUUGCUAUUUAUGUGUGAUUCCCUGGCUUCGUUUGCAUAUGUUUAGUGUUUUUGUUUUUGUUUGUGUUCAAUAUAUAAAAAAGAACGAGCUGCCAGUGUGAGUGGUGGAUGUGGUUUUGAUUUCAACGUUUAAGAGAAGUUUGGAGAGGUACAUGGUUGGGAGGGGUCUGGAGGGUUAUGGUCCGGUGCAAUUCAAUGGAAUGAGGCAGAUUAAAUAGUUUGGCAUGGACUAAAUGGACCGAAGGGCCUGUUUCUGUGACAAUACUUUCAUUCCUGUAUUUUACAAGUACAGGCCACAUCAUGACUUCAUUGCCUGUGGAGAAAAAGUGGUCUCACUCUGGUCGGA